AUGCCACGUCUCGAAACACGCGCACAACCAAGCCGCACCAGCAGUCGCAGUCGCAGCAGCGGACGGAGCGGCGGCAGCGCGAUACGUCCCCCAUCGGGCGGAGGGUACUUGGGCGAGGUAGUGGAGCUCGUCACGCCGUCGUCUUCGGCAUCGGGACGACGGUGGGAGCACCUCAAGUCCCUCGCGCUGCGCUCGGUGCGCAUCAAGCUCGCCAGCGAGACGGGCGGGUUGGACGGCCAGCCCGUCGUCCCGCUCCGUGUCCGCCCGGCGUUUAUCGUCCUCAACGUGCUGGAUCUCGUCUUUCUGGGAUUGCUCGGGUUCCAUCCCAACGGCCAGGCAUGGACGAGGCUCAACGACAAGGUGCUCCAUUUCAUCUGCUUCUUCUUCGCCACGUCGCUCUUCUACAUGGUCUGGGACGUCGACGAGUCCGCAAGGAGGGUAUGGAUAUGGCGCAACGCCGCGCUGCUCCUCACCUUCCUAACCUGCUUCGCAUGCGGCUCCAUCGGCUCCGAAAUCGUCCAGAGCCUUCUCCCCUACAAGCGCUUCGACAUCUACGACGUACUGUGCAACAUGGUCGGGUCAUCGCUCGGCCUGUUUUUCACGUACCACCUCGAACUGCGCUACCGGGCGCGCCGAGAGGUCGAGAGGCUGUACGAUCCGCUCGACGUGGAAGAGUACGGCGAUGGAUUCGCCAGCGAUGACGAUGACGAUGUCGUCGUCGACGUUGUCGAUGUCGAUGUCGAUGUCGAUCAGCGUCAUGGUGGAGGGGGAAUGGGGUUGGAGGCGCAGGGCGAGGGCGGGGGCGGGAGGAGGGUGCGGUUCGAUCCGAACCCCACUGUUUCGUCAUCCCUCCCGCCUCCUUCGCACGGUAGCACCGCCUCUGCCCUCUCACCGACGACGAUGACGACGACGACGACGACAAAGGGGAUGGAGGGUCCACACGUAUCGACGGGCAAGACUUCGGAGCAACUCUUUAGCAUCGACGAUGACGACGACGACGACGACGAGGGAGAGGGAGAGGGAGAGGGGGGUAAAGACGGCGACAACGUAUGGAGCGAUGCCGGUGAUCCGCUACGGUCCUGA